AUGUUGAUGAAAUAGAAUAUUCAGUGUUGAUACAUAUUUAAAUAUCUAAACGAGACAUAUAACCGAAAUCCAGGUGUCACAAAUCCCUGCAAAGUUAUCGUCUGCAACACUGACAUCUGACCUGCCAAAGUUCAACGAUAUACCACGUGAUCAUUACACUGAACAAUAAAAUUUAGGAAGGCUGGUUGGGUUACCUCUUAUGUCAUUCACAGCAAAGAUCUUUUCGAUUUUGUCUAGAUCUGCAGUAUGACUGAGAAAGAAAAGAAAAAAAAGGUGAAUCGGCCUGUGGUGGUUAGGGAUGACGAGUACACAUUUCUUUGUGAAUGGGAAGAAUGUAAAAACGUAUUGUCAACUGUGAAAGAUUUCCUCUUGCAUAUUGCCGCCCACAUUGUUCAGUACAGUGCCAGCAAAGAUGAACUGGAAAAUGCAAACUGUUACAGCUGCAAAUGGUGUGAAUGCGGGUGUCAGAUUCUUGGAAAUUAUGGCGAUUUUGAACGACAUGUCUACUUCCACGCAUUCCAUGUUAAAUUGAAGUGUUUCGGUGAACUCCUUAUGACGAAGAGCAAUGCCCAGCCAUGUCUGAUGGAUUGUCACAGUCGUAACUGGAUACCGGAGCUUCCAGAGAGUCUGCAAUGCGGAUGGAAAGAAUGUGGGGUAAUUCUCGACAACCCAGUUCUGUUUUAUGGUCAUGUGAAUCAGCACGUGGACGGUUUUCCCGAUGGUAACGAGGUCGUGGGUGGCUGUCUGUGUGCAUGGGAAGGAUGUGAUAGCCAGUUCAAGAACAAGUACAAACUGCGGGAACAUAUCAGGAGUCACACCCAGGAGAAAGUGGUUGCAUGUCCAACUUGUGGCGGGCUCUUCUCAAACCGCACCAAACUCUUUGAUCAUCUCAAACGACAGAAGGAAACAUCAUUGCAUUGCUACCAAUGUUCACACUGCAACAAAAGAUUUGCUACAGAACGACUUCUUCGAGACCACAUGAGACAUCAUGUGAACCACUACAAAUGUCCGUUCUGUGACAUGACGUGUCCAGCGCCCUCUAGUCUUCGUUCACACAUCAAGUAUCGACAUACAGAAGACAAGCCGUUCAGCUGUGCACACUGUGAGCGCCGCUGCAAGUCGUCCGCUGACCUGCGCCGUCACAUGGAGAGUCAUAGCGGCCAGCCUGCGUACUCGUGCCACAUCGAGGGAUGCACCUUUGAGGCACGCAACUACUGGACCAUUGCAAACCACAUGAAGAAAAUACAUGAGGUUGGAAAUGCUCGGAAAUAUUGCUGUCACCUCUGUCAGAAAAAGUUCACUCGUGGAUAUCUACUGUCAAAACACUUGAAAAAAAAGCACAAAUUCAAAUGGCCUUCAGGACAUUCUAGGUUCCGAUAUAAACUACACUCCGAUGGUCUUUGGCGUCUUCAGACAAUUAGAUAUGAAAGCAUUGAAGUCACCGAACAAAUUCUGAACUCUGACAACCAACAACAUGUUGUUAUGGAAACAGAUAGCCGGCAGUCAUCACACCUAGAGGAGUCCUUGAAUUCGGAGAUGAACAUGGCAGUUAGUGGUGAAAAUUCUAUGUUCGUGGAUGAUGGUGCGUCAUCAAACCAGUUUAACCCAUCUUGCAAUCUGGAGAUGCUGGGUGAUGUUGCUCUCAAUGGACAGAGUCUCAUGGGACCUGUGAUUUCUAUUUCAGAAUCCACCUUGAUGAAGUCUACUUCAAACAUAACUGUCACCGAUUUUGAAGGACCUCUGUAAUAACCAGUGAAAUCUUACUGACUCAGCGUGUCAGUUACUCUUGUUUCAUUUUAAUUCGGAAUUCUAAAGUCCCAUAAAUAUAACUUAUAAACUGCCUAGAGCUAAAUUAACCAGUUACCAAUUGUCUCAUCUUGACUAGAGUCAGAAAACGAAAUAUAGGUAUUCAUUUUCCAGCAGCAUCGGUAACGAUGGCAUCAACUUUUGCAUUUAACUACAAUAUUAAGUUUUCACAAUCAAUGAACCUUAAAUUGUAGUUGCGUCUAGAACGUUAAAAAAGUAAACAUUUAUUAAAGGGUCUAUCCUGAAUUUGUAGUCCGUUAAAAAAUGUUUUCGGAAAGUAAAAUAUUUUUACAUCAUUAAAAUUACAAUUUACUAACAUUUUUUGCUUAGAAUAUGAAUAUCUCUAUAAUAAGCACUGUAUUUCUGGAUGUUGAUAUGUUUUGUAGUAUCUCAAUAUUUUUUGUCUAAAAUAAUUUUGUACAUACAAAUUUAUGAUUUUUUCCUAUGCCCAAAUGAAAUUUUAAAUAAUUUGGCCAAAGAUAAUUACAAAUGUAUUUAUUUUUAUAAUUCUUUAUAUUUAAAACAUGUUAAGAUAACUGUUAAAAAGAUAACAGGAAAAAGCAGAUUGUAUGUUUAUUUUGUAGGGUGAACAAACAGAAGUUUUGUUAGGGCCGAAAACUCAGGAUAGUCCCUUUAAUAUUUUUUUAAUUAAUUUUUUUUUAAAGUCACAGACCCUAGUUCUAAAACACUGCAGCAUGUUUUUCACUAUUAAAGCCGUUUUUAAUAAUGUAAAUUAGAAGUACUUACAUUUUAUUGUUUAGAAUAUUAAUUUCUGUACGCCUAAAAUGGUUGUGGUCGUCUAGGUUUUUGUAAUACCCCAAAAUGCAUUUAUAAUUCUGAAAACUCACGUUAAUCCGAGAAGUAAUGAUUAUUGAGACAAACUAGUUAUUUUUACAUGUCAUUUCCCUGUUUAAACAACACAGACUUUAAUUUCUCUCUGUUAUAACCAUGUGUUACAGGUUUGUAGAUGAAUUAAACUUGGUUUCCAUUUUCACGGAAUGGAACGGAUCUGUGCUUUUAAGCUAGAUUAAUCAGGACUUAUUUUAUUCACUGAAUCAAUUUACGCAGAUGUGACAUUCAAGUCUCUGGAAUGUUUUGCAAGGUAGCUACAAUUUUUGUUUUAAUUUAGCUACUUUAAUAUUUCAAGGAAAUAUAUUAAAUAAUAAUAUCUUUGAAGUCCUUUUAAUAUUAAUGUUUCACAGUAUUUGUAAGGAAAGCAUUUUUCUUGGUAUAUACUCUGGCAUACACCAUUAAAGGAAAGUUAAGUACAACUUUUCCCGAUAUUUAUAUUUAUUUCUUCAAGUACUAAAUGUUGUUGACUCUUGCCAGUUUUGAUGAUAAAAUCAAAUCAAUAGCUACGUUCGACAGUCAAUUCCCACACCAUCAUUUUGACUUUGUACUCUGUAAAUGUUGAAUUUGUUUAUAUUAAAAUAUUUUCUUCAAAAAGCAGUAAGAUGCAUCGGUAAUCUUCGAACAAAUAGAUUUCAAUGUCACUGUUGCAGAUGUGGUAGACAUGACGUGAUGAAAAAACAGUUGAGCUCUUUGAAGGUCAUUGAUUUAACACCAGAGAUACACUCUAAAUUUAUUAUCAACUUUACAGCAGGACUUGUUGACAUUGGCAGUGACCUGAGUUACUGAUUUAUAAAAACAUUGGAACAGCACUAUUUUCAUGUUGCAUUCACAUUUAUUGAUUAUCAAAUGAGUAUUCAAAAACAAAUCUUUCAGCUUCAAGAUACAUGUAAUCUAGGUUUUUUGUUGUGUUUAUUUUCUAUUGAAGUAUUCUCAUUUUUUCUUCUGGGUUGUAUUGUAAGAAUGUUGUUUAUAUUUGAAUAAAAGGUUCAAUUUCUUUA